UAAUAGCUUAAAUUAUAAUUCGUGGAACAAAUUCAGUUCAACAUGGCAAUGUCAAGAAGUACCGCUGUUGGCUCGAUAAUAACUGGUUGUAUAUUGCUGGGUUUUGCUGUCGUCAUUGGGAUCUGUGGCGCGAUUAUAGCAAGCAAAUUGUCAGGCCAGAUAGCUGCCUCAGCCGGUCUGUGGUCGCUUUAUUAUGCUGUGCCAGGAAUACUGACCAUUGUUGCCGGCGCAACCAAAAGAGGUGUUGUGAUGGGCUUCGCCUUGUUCUUCAAUAUCAUCGCAGUGAUUGUUUCUCUGGGCGCUUCAGCGGCAUUGACCAUUUUAACCAUUCUCUUAAAUGAAGUCAAGGAUGGAAAUAUGCUCUGCACGUACCACGGAGAUACCUGCACCUGUUUAUAUCGCAGCGGAUCUGGUGAAGUAGACUCCGUAUCGUGGAACAUGCACUGCGAUGAUUUCGACACAAUUCAUAUCUUAAUCAUCGUUUGCCUUGUCGCUUUUAUCAUUCUGACCAUCACCACCUUCACCGCGUCGAUCUUUGGUUGCCUGGGUACCUGCUGUGCUCCUGCGGAUCCAAUUGUUGUGGUCACCGCCGGCGUUCAACCCCCCGGGGGUACAGUUGUUGUUGCCAGCAAUCAAUCGUCGUCUUUCCAACAUGGUUACCCUGGAGGAAUGCCGCCUGCUUAUGGCCACGGCCAACCCCAAGAGUACGGCGACAAGAAAGGCCUUGUUAAUAACAUGGUUAUUUGAAUCUGUUCCUAUUAUCUUGAUUUUCACGCGAUUUCAUGCGAUUGCUUGUUCAUCACAAUCGCAUGCAUUGGCGUUUAUAGCUGCCCUAUAUAUUCCAUUCGUUUCUUUCUGCGUGUUCAAGCAUAUAUUUUGUAUCCCACAAUGUAACCGUUACUAAAUAAAACACUCAGAUAAUGA